AAUCUUUUUUUGGUAUUUCAUUCUAAUUUUUCUGUUCAACAUGUUUUAAACUGUCGGUGCACAGUAUGCAGGAGACAACUCAGUGAGCAGUGGAGAGGAUAGGCAAAGUGCUUUCUGACAACUUUACCACGAAUCUCCAAUUGAUGAGGCAUAUUGAAAAAAAUGCACAUUCCCUUAUUGGACAAAGUUACAGAAAAGACCCCUCAGUAUUAGCUGGUAAACAUGUACAGGAUGUCAAAACCACAAUGACAUUUAAUACAAAAUGAAACUCUCCUGUUAUUGUACCACACAUGCUGGAUCCUGCACCUGAAGCUGAACAAAUCUUUGUGCGAAACUCUCCUCCCACAAGCGUACGGGUGAACCGAGAUACGGUAUUAAACAAUGUUGGACAUGGUCUUGCUCACUGCUGUGUUAUUCCAACAAGCGUCAGCCUGCAGCAAACUGCCCUCUGUCCACCAGCCAGCCUUCCUGCCUGCAGUGGAAGGAAGCACUGCUUUGCUGCCGUGUCAUGUGUUCCCUGGCAACACGAACCCGGAGAGAAUUCAUUUUCAGUGGUGGUACAGGAAUAAGAAUAAAAAAAUAAAUGUGUACCCAGAUGAUUUAUCAUCUCUAAACCACACAGGACGGGUGUCUCUGUACCCAAGCGGUGACCAGUACAGCUUGACCAUAGCCAUUGCGAGAGUUCAAACCACAGACCAGCUCUCCUACACCUGCAGCUUCUCCUUCAUCCUCAACGGCAGCUACCACAUACUUCAUGGAAAUGGAACAAAGCUCUAUGUACAUGGACCUCUGGAAGUGACCGAGUCCUGUUUCCGCCUCAACAUAAACCUGACCUGUCAAGUUCUCGUCCCUGACACCGACACCAGCGAUAGCGGCGAUGUCACCAUGCUGGGGUGGCGCGGAGCUUUGAGCAAUGAUGAUUUGCCAGCGUACCAGAGCCAGCUCAUGAUGAAGAACAGACGAAUCCUGCUGAGAUCCCAGAUAAGCGUGGCCAUUGCCCACAGCCAAGGCAUCUACACCUGCUCUCUCCAGAGGGGCCCUGACCUCCUGGCACAGAAGAGCAUCCGAGUGGUGACUGAGGCUAACCCAGUGCUGAUCUACGCUGCCAACCUAAUCAUCUCCUUCCUGAUCCUCCUAGUCCUCGUUGUCAUCGUCGUUCUACAGAGGAGAUUCUCCUGCCGGCGCAGGCGUUAGGGGUCCAAGACAGAGGGGACCCUGCUCCUCGAAGGCUGCGAGGUUCCGCUGCCACUCUCACUGCCUUUGGGAAGGUGAAUCCUGCAAGUAGAUUCCGAAAUGUAGGGAACAGAGACAGUACAAGUCCUAACUACUUAGGAUGGUAUUACCAUGCCUGACUGCAAAUUCUCACAACUCACUUUCGUUUUCAUUGCACAACACUGUACCGUGCUUCCCCAUAAAUUACCUUUGUCUGUGCUGUAAAUGUCAUUA